AUGAAUAUGACAUCUGAUUAUAGGGAUCCAUUAAUAGAUUUAUUAAAUAAUUCUGUUGAUUCACCUCAAGAUCCUUCAAGUUUAUCAUCAAAUCAUUUGAAUAUUAAUAAUAAAAUUCCUUCAAAUUCAUCAUCUGAUGAUUUACAAUUUAUAAAUCGUAAUAAUGGUUAUUUUACAAAUGGUAAUUUAGCAGCAACUAAUAACUCAAUAUUUAAUAAUAACUUUCAACAAUAUCAUCAACAGCAACAACAACAACUCAAUCAUCUUCAGCAAGCACAUCAACAAACUGAUUAUUCACAAAGUCUUACUCCUUUAUUAAAUCAUCAUCUGUUAUAUGAUUUAGAUAGUAAUAACAUUAAUCAUUUGAGAAUUCAAGAAUUAGAAGAUUCUCCUCCACAAAUCAAUAUUAGACAACAACAGGAACAGCAACAGAAACAGCAACAGCAACAACAACAACAAGCACAUCAAAGUAACCAACAACAGCACGAAAAUCAACAUCAACAACAAAACUCGUCCAUUAAAUUAGAGCAACCAACUGGUCGUACUCCAUUAUUUGAUCCAGAAAAUGGUCAUGAUUUACAGUUAUUUAAUAAUAAUAACUUCAGCAAACAUGGUAUAGAUUUCGCAUUUCCUGAGAUGAAACCAUUAACAAGUCCUUUUAAACCAUUAUCAUUUGAUAUUAAUUUAUCAAAUAAUCAUUUACAAUCACAAACACAACAUCAACAUCAGCAACCUCAGAUAGGACCAGUACCACCACCAUCUAAAAGAAAAAAAGAUAGUACUGCAUCAAAAACAAGACCAGCUUUUGUUAUGAAAAUUUGGUCAAUGGUAAAUGAUAAAUCAAAUGAUGAAUAUAUUAGAUGGAAUGAAGAUGGUAAAACGUUUCAAGUUUUUAAAAGAGAAGAUUUUGUACAUAAAAUAUUACCAGCUUAUUUUAAACAUCAAAAUAUGUCAUCAUUUGUACGUCAAUUAAAUAUGUAUGGAUUUCAUAAAGUUCAAGAUAUUAGUAAUGGUACAUUACAUCCAAAUUGUGAUAAAAAUGGAGGUGAUGAAGUUUGGCAAUUUGAAAAUCCAAAUUUUAUAAAAGGAAGAGAAGAUUUAUUAGAACAUAUAGUUAGAAAUAAAUCAGUUUCUCAUGAAGAAAAUCAAUUAACUGAUACAAAUCAAUCAAGUAAUGAAAUGUCAUUAUUAUUAUCAGAAUUAAAUCAAAUUAAACAAAAUCAAGCAAGAUUAAAUGAAGAGAUUGUUAGAAUAAGACAAGAUAAUCAAAAUAUUUAUAAUGCAAAUUUUAUAACAAGAGAAAGAGCAAAAGCUCAAGAAGUUACAAUAAAUAAAAUUUUAAAAUUUUUAGCAGCAGUAUAUAAUGAUAAUGCACCAAUUAAAGCACAAAGUCAACCACCAGAAGAUUUAAAUGAUAUUAAUAAUCAUCAACUUUCAAGACAAUAUAAUAAUAAUAGUGUUAAUCAUAAAAAUAAUAAUGUUAAUAAUAACCAUAAUCAUGAUAAUAAUAAUGAAAAUGAAAUAUUAAAUCCUACCUAUCAAUCACCAUCUUCAUCUUCAACUUCAUCAUUUAAUCCAAUAAUAACUAAAAAGAGAAAACUCUUGUUAGAAAACAGACCAAGUAUUACAAGAUCAAGAUCAUCACCAACAUCUUCAAUAGAAUCAAUAAAAGAAAUUGAAAAUCAACUUGAUAAUCAUUGGAUUAAUAUGAUAGCCAAUCAAAGUCAUAAUCAAAGUCAACAAAAUCUACCAAAUCAAUCAAAUACUACUACACAAUCAUCUUUUACAAUGGAUAUUAAUGAUCAUGAUGAAAAUUUUAAUGUGGAUGAUUUUAUUGCAAGUCCAAUGAACAUGACAAAUAAUUAUAUACCUCCAUUUUCUCAAACUCAGCAACAACAACAAUCACCACCUCAACAACAACAACAACCACAAUCAAAUAAUAAAAAGAGAUCAAUUAGAGAAAUACAUGAAAAUAAUGAUUAUUGA